UUUUGAAAAUGGUUUCGCCCAAUGGUGACGUCAUCACCAGGCGCCUUUUUGGAUAGCGGCGGUAACACUGACAUCCGUCGGGAUUUUCUUUCUGAAUGUUGGUGGUGGAGGUCUUCGGGGGCUGAGAGACACGGUGGACACGUCGUUAGCAGGACAUGAGGCUGGACCAGUUGGCAGUGGACCAGCGGAUCAUAGCAGCUGUGACCAGAGUGGAUAGUGUUGGCCACGCCCCUGAACCAUUUCCUAUCUUGUCAUUGGCUGAUUUCUUGUCUGAAGUCGUUGCUCCGACUUCACUCCCCACAGCCAGGUUCUCUUCGGUUCCGGAGCUCUUCGGUGUUCCUGCUCUGGACCUGCAGAGACUCUCCGGACUUUCCCGCACUGACGUCCAGUUGCUCCUAUCAGCUGCUGCCGCCACCUGCAGGCCACACCCUGCGGUUUCAGCCGUGAACUACGGUGGAUUGGCGUCCAACCUAAGGCUCUCGGUUGGCUGUCCAGUUCUGGACCAGCUGCUCAGGGGUGGACUUCCUGUUGGAGGUGUGACGGAACUUUCUGGAGAGAGCGCCGCAGGAAAGACGCAGUUGGCUCUGCAGCUGUGUCUGUCUGUACAACUUCCUGUCCAGUACCGAGGGUUGGGCUCAGGUUCAGACCAGCAGGGUCGGGGGCCCACUGGUGUCAAACAGGAAGUCUCUGUGUUACUGUUUCCUGUAGGGGCCGUCUACGUCUGCACCGAGGGCUCCUUCCCCGUCACUCGUCUGUAUCAGCUGAUCUCAGAACAGCCCCGCCUCCGCACUGACGUCCCCGAGUCUGUCGUCACCAGUCUAAGGUUCUCAGACCAGAUCUACGUGGAACACGCUGCGGACCUGGACUCACUGCAGGCCUGUCUGUCCCGCCGUGUCCCCCUGCUGUUGGCCCGUGGUCUGGUCCGUCUGGUGGUCUUGGACUCGGUGGCGGCCCUGUUCAGGUCACAGUUCCAGGCUGACGAUUGGCUGGAGAGAAACAGACAGAUCCUGAGGCUGGGGGCCAAACUGCAGCAGCUGACCUCUGACUUCAACUCAGUGGUGCUGGUGAUUAACCAGGUCACAGAUGUUUUUGACUCUUCAAACAGAACUGGUCCGGUGAUGCCACAGGUGGUUCCGGCUCUGGGUUUGUCCUGGUCCAAUCAGGUCUUGAUUCGACUAAUGAUGCGUCGUCUUCAGAGGUCGGUGCACAGAGGUCAUCAGAGGUCAGCCGUCCGUCAGCUGGUUGUAGAGUUCGCUCCUCACCUGAGCCGGGGGGGCCAAGAAGCCGCGGUCUGGAGGGAGGGGGUACGAGGACUGGUGACUGUGUCACAUGGUCAGGAUGAGACUUGACUUCCUGUUGAUGUCGGUCUCCAAGUACUUCCUGUUUUUGUGACUGAUGAAGAUCAGACCAGCGAGGAAAGUAGAGACCAGCUGAACCGUUCUCUUGUUUUUACAACUGGUCCUUCAAUAAGCAGCACCAGCGGCAGGAGCUGAACCUUCAAAGCGUCAUGGCUUCAGUGACAAAUGUUUAUUCAAGAGAGAUCGAUCCAAACGGCUCUUCAACAUGCAUUUUAUAUUGUUUCUAGGUGGCGCUAAACUACUCAAAUCUUUGGAACCAGUCAAGCGGCCAUUGACUCAACACUGAGCCAAACAUUUUGAAGUGUAAAGUUGUGCAGCGAUGACAUCAUCAGUCACAUGCUCACCGGUGUUUUGAUUAUGCGGGCAGUGGUGUCUUCGUGGUUAAGGAGGCAGACCUGGGUCUGGAAGGUUUCAGGUUUGAGUCCACCAGCUGCCAAGUUACCACUGAGGUGCUCUGAGCAUGGCACCGUCCCCUGCCCCCUGCUGGCUGUGGUCAUGGGUUAUGGUUGUGUGCAGCGGUUCACUUUCCUUGUUUUAAAUCGCAGCUUCAGAAAGAUCGACACAAGUGAAGGAAACUGUUGCUGUGAUGAAGAGCCAAUAAAUAAAUAAAUAAUCA